AUGGACAAUAAGCCCCUCUUGCAAGACAGACCCCCCGCCUACAGCCCGGCCGCCCAGGGAGGCGGCUACGAGUAUGGGCAGCAGGGGGGCUACGGGACCAUCCCUUCAGUCCAGCCGGGCUUUCAGCCACCGCCCUACACGUACCCCACGGGGUCCCCCGCAGCCUACGCUGUUCCUUCUGCUGCUUCUCCGCAUGCCUACCCCAACACCACCUACACGAUAAUCCAACAACCUACAACCACUACCUUGGUUGUAGUAGUAGGUGGCUGCCCAGCAUGCAGAGUCGGAGUCCUGGAAGACACUUUCACCUGUCUCGGCGUCUUUUGCGCGAUUGCCUUUUUCCCUAUCGGAAUUCUUUUCUGCCUUGCGUUGAGGCAACGGAGAUGCCCUAACUGCGGGGCGACGUUUGGUUAAGGGCUCCAUCGACGACACAGACGCACAGAGGCUUUUGGGGAGCCGUAACUGUAUUGUAGAACCUUUUCUCCCUCCCUGCCCCCCCCCAAUGUAAAUGCCAUGUACAAUCACGUUGAUGCUUCAGAGCUGAUUUUGUAUAAGUGUGACGAAGUGAAAUCUUUUGCAUGCAAAAGCUGUUCCAGGGGCAUGUCUAAUGCAGGGCGCGAAAUCCUUACCCGGCUUCUUGUUUAAAUGCACCUUUUGAAAAAAAUUAAAUAAAAAUGGCUCUUUUUUUUUUGCA